CUCUGAGAGGAAGAAGUUAUGUUCGCGACAUGGCGGGAUUUUUACUGUUUGUAUACACAGUUAUCUCUCAGCAGUUUAACUAGCUUCCGUGGUUUUGAUCAGCAGAAAUAUGUGUGAAAAGAACAAAAGGGUCAGCCGGUGGCUCGAGACGGUGUUCGGUACUGAAGGAGUACCGGAGUUUGAAGUGAACACGCGCACGAUCGAGCUGCUGGACCAGCUGGCACAGAUCAGUGACCUGAGGUGUAAAGAAGUGACCUUACUGACAGACGACUACAGACACAAAGCAGCAGAGUACAGCAGUGAUGCGACCCACUUGCAGGAAGUGCUGCAUCAAGGCGCCGGGCUUCAACCUGGAAGCGUUGCCAAAUCCACCUCCGAUCUGUUGUCUGUGCUAGAGGGUACUUCUGAGGUCCUUAAAGUCAGAGACACAUCAAUGGGAAGCUUUGUCCCUGCAAUUAAUAAAUUGACCAAUGACCUGGCCGAGGCAGAAAAGACCGACAGGAAGUUGGGGCAGGAGCUCGCUGCUGUGAGGAAGAAGAUGGCUGCCACAAUGAUUCUCCGGAAAAAACUUCAAGAGGAUUUGAAGAAGAUUGCACAGGUCCAGCAGGUUGAGGCUGCUACAGCUGAAGAAAGGUUGCUCAAUAUGGACUUCAUGAAGAACAAAUCCAGAGAUCUGACCUGCAGAAAUAAGAUGGCACAGGACAAGUUGGCUUCCAGACAGAUGAAGGACUCACUCACUCAUCAAGCUAUUAUGCAGCUCGCAGAAAAAAUUACAGCGCUGAAGCAGGAAAUUGCACCCCUCAAGAAGAAACUGGAGCCUUAUAAUGAUCUGAGCCCUAGUCCUGCUCUGGCUCGAGUUGCAAUUGAAGAGGUGAAAAGAGAGCUGGAGGCCCUGGAUGCUGCGCUAGAGCAGAAGGUUGAUUUGAUGAACACUUUAUCUAGAUGACUGACUAAAGAAGACCAAGGAUAUUAGCAGCAGUUAUAGUGUUGUUACUGAACUAACUUUUUUCCCCUACUCAUUGUUUUUUGUGUAAGCAUCUGAAAAUAAAAGCAAUUUUCUAUUGAG